CACCUCUGCCGCAUCUCACCCACUAGUCUAGCGCAUCGACGACACCUCUCCUCACCUCCACCUCAUCUAGUUCUGUGCAGCGGCGUGACUCCCGGCCGCGAGCUCUCUCGCAUCCGCUUCCGCCUGUCUUCCCGCCUCGGCGCCAUGGCCACGUCGGCCAGCGGCACGGCCGGACUGCGGCAGCGCACCGGCGCCGCUGCUGCUGCCAACGGCGCAGCGCGGCAGGAGCGUCCUGUCAGCCCGCAGAGGAAGCAGGAUGCCGCAGAGGAGAAGGAGCCGCAUGUGCUGGGCCGCACGCCGGAUGGCACGGUCUUCCCGGUGCCCACGACGCCGGACAUGCUCACCUCGAUCUUUUCGCCCUGGGCGCCCAAGACGCCGCUCGACAUCCUGACGAUCGCGACGCUCUCGCUGCAGAUCGUGCUCUUCUUCAUGCUGCCGCGGCGCGGCGCUCAGGUCUUCUUUGCGCUCUACUUUGCCUUCUGGCGCGCGGCGUACAAUGCCGGCCUCGGCUGGGUGCUCAAGCAGCAGUCCGAGCGCCGCUGGAUCAUCCGCGUCGUGAAGCGCGAGGGCUGGAUGGACAGCAAGCGUGCGCCCAAGGUGUACGGCGCCAUCCGCAAGCACCUCGAGACAAAGAUGGGCGCCGGCUAUGAGUUCGAGAAACUGCCCGUCGAGUACAACAUCUGGCUGCUCUUCCGCUCGAUGGUGGAUGUGAUCCUGCUCAAUGAUUUCGUGGCCUACUCGCUCUUCGCCUUCUCCUGCACGCGCCUGCCCGAGGGGCACAGCGUCAUGAUGCACGUCUUGCGCUGGGCCGCUGGCUGGGCGCUCAUCUUCUUCAACCUCUGGGUCAAGAUGGACGCUCAUCGUGUCGUCAAGGACUACGCCUGGUACUGGGGCGACUGCUUCUUCCUUUGCCUCCAGUCGCUCGUCUUUGACGGCGUGUAUGAGCUGGCGCCGCAUGUGAUGUACUCGAUCGGCUACGCCGGCUACUACGGCCUCUCGCUCGUGUCGGGCUCGUACGCCGUGCUCUUCCUCUCGCUCGCGGCACACGCCAGCCAGUUCGCCUUCCUGCUAUGGUUCGAGAACCCGCACAUCGAGCGCGUCUAUGGCGAGAAGAAGCCACUUGCUGCGCGUGUGCCGCUGCACGCUGCUCCGUACAAUGCCGCAUCGGCGGACGCUGCCAAGGGCCAGGGCGAGGCAAGACGGCCGCGUGCCGACUCGGAGGUGCCCUCGCCGCAUCCCGCACUGAGCUCCGGCGCCGUCUCGGAGGCACCGACCCCGUCAGCGACGCACGGCACCUCAGCCCCGACAUCCGACUCCGAAGACGACGAGGAGAUCCGCGCCGCACCGCGCCCGACGCCUGCGGCCAGCUCGGACGAGGCAAUCCGGAUGCGCAUGCAGGCCGAGCGCGAGAGCCGCACGCGGGCCACGAACCUGCACGACCUGCACCACCGCAUCUUCCGCCGCGAUGUCGUCGUGUUCAAGAACCUCGACCCGCUGCGCAGCACCGACUUCCUCCUGCUCGUCGGCGCCUUCUACGCGCUCUUCCCGCUGCUGCUGCCGAGCAACAUGGGCAGCAACUGGGCCAUUGCACUCGCCUACUUCAACGCACUUGCAUGGCGCGCCUUCCACUCGGGCGGCCUGGGCGCCAUCCUCAACGCGCAGAGCAACAGCAAGUGGAUGGUGCGCCACUUCCUCAAGAACUACUCGUACGCCCAGAGCAGCGAUGCGGUGUACGAGGCUUUCGACUCGUGGAAGGUCAUCUACAACACCUCGCUCGUCAUGACGUACACGUCGUACUGUGUGCUGUGCUGGAAGUGCUACGUGCCGCUGGGCCGCGAGUGGACCGUCGGCACGGACCUGCUGCGCCACGUCGUCGGCCUGCUGCUCAUCGCCGUGCACAUGUGGGCCGCCAACGACUCGUACAACGUGCUCGGCCCGUUCGGCUGGCUCUACGGCGACUUCUUCAUCGACGAGUUCCCGCACCAGCUGCACUCCGUCGGCAUCUUCCGCUUCCUCAACUCGCCCGAGCGCAGCGUGGGGCAGGCGGCGUUCUUCGGCCUGAGCCUGAUCUCCGGCUCCAAGCUGCCGCUGAGCAUGGCCAUCAUCAGCCAUGCGGCGCACUGGGCCUUCCUCUCGGCCGUCGAGAACCCGCACAUGCGCAAGCUCUACGGCCAGGCCGCCGUGUCGCGCGAGGGCGGCGUCACGAAGCAGCUCAAGGGCGUGGCGACGCGCAACGCCGGCCUCUUCAAGGCUGCCCAGGACCACCCGCGCGUCAAGGAGAUGCGCGCCGAGCUCGAGCGCGUCCAGCGCGAGGCGGGCACGCGCCUCGAAGACUUUGGCUCGAAGUUCGACGGCAUGCUGCAAGAUACGCGCACGCUGCUGCAGCAGAGCAAGGACCGCCUGCUCAUCGUCCGCGUCGGCAACGACAUCUCGACGAUCGAGCGGUCCCAGUACCGUCUCGAGGUGCAGCCGUCGGCGAGCGGCAACAUGCGCUUCCACCUCGGCGAGGCCAUCAACGUCAAGUGGCGCGCGCCGUCGUCGCACUCGCGCCGCGACUGGAUCGGCGUGUACCUCGUGAGCCGGCUCGGCGGCCCACGCGGUGCCGACGACGAGCACCGCCUCGUGACGAAGAUCUCGUCGCACGGCAAGUGGAUCGGCGUCAUGGCCGACGAGUGGGACGGCGACGUGCACACGGGCGCCCUGCCCGCCACGCCCGCCGCUGCCGGCGACGACGGCUCCAAGCCGCUGCCGUCGCCGAGCAGCGCGAACGGCGCGGCGCUCUUCGAGGGCGCACGCCUGCCCUGGCAGACCGGCAUCUACGAGUUCCGCUACCACCACGAUGCAAAGCACAACGUGCUGGCGCGCAGUGCGCAGCUCGAGCUGUACGUCGACAAGCCGUCAGACGUGCUCUCGUUCGACGACACAUAUCGCGCGCUCGGUCGCAUCGUCACGAACGCUCUCGAGGGCGACGCAACGCACGCGCCUCGCUCCCAGACCGGGCGUCCACAGGCGGCGCCCGGCACAACAGAGCUGCCGGCCGGGCGGCAGUCGGACGAGGACGCCGACGACUUUACAAUCUGGGAGCGCGCGCAGGCCAAGCGCAUCGCCGCGGGCAUCCAGCAGGCGUUCGACGUCGAGUAUGCGCCCGACGUCGUCGUCGCCGUGGCCAACGUGCGGCGCCUGGCGCAGGACAUCGUCGAGGCGCGCCGCCUGCUCGAUCCGCACUUCCACCCCAACCUGGCGCCGCAGCAAUAGCUGAUGCGGCGUAUUGCACACGCCGCGCCACAACUGAGCUUGCUGCUCUUUGCUCCAUCUCCUCCUCCUGUGGCGGCAUCGCCCUGCCCAACUCUUCCCGCACACCCUAUAUAGAGCAGCUGCAGGCAUUGAUGCGCAACGCAUCGUGAGCCGCGCUGGACCCAAGAAAUGAACGCCAUACCUCGC